GGCGCACACAGCUGAGGCCAUGGCAUUUGACGGCAGUUGGAAAGUAAACCGGAAUGAGAACUAUGAAACGUUCAUGGAGAAAAUGGGCAUUAAUGUGGUGAAGAGGAAGCUUGCAAUGCAUGACAAUUUGAAACUGACCAUCAGACAAGAAGGAAACAAAUUCAUUAUUAAAGAAUCAUGCAGGUUUCGAAACAUUGACGUUGUGUUUGAACUCGGUGUCAACUUUGACUAUACUCUAGCAGAUGGAACUGAACUCAAAGGGACCUGGAGCCUUGAGGGAAAUAAACUUACUGCAAAAUUCACACGAGUAGACAAUGGAAAGGAGCUGAUUGAUAUCUGUGAAGUUUCUGGUGAUGAGCUAAUCCAGACCUACAUAUAUGAAGGAGUCGAGGCCAAGCGGUUCUUUAAGAGGGAAUGAGCAAGCUUCUUGGAGCCCAGAGCAGCACUGAAGAGCUGAACUGUGGUCAGACUUCUCUCUCCAUCGUG